ACUCUCCUCCCUCCCUGUCUCUGUAAUCAGUUAGUGCUGGUUAUGUCCUCCAGCAGUUGAUCACCAUGCAGGAAGAGACAAGUGAUGACCAAAACAGAGUCACAGAGAUCAAGAGGAUUGUACAAAAAUAUGAUGUUGGCAGCCGUUAUACAACCAUCCCUUUACAGAAAGCAUCCGUUCUUCUGCCUUUGAUAUUUAAAGAAGACAGACUGCAUCUGCUGCUGACUGUCAGAUCAAUGAAACUGAAAACUAUGCCAGGGGACGUUUGCUUUCCGGGGGGAAGACGUGAACCUAUAGACUGUGAUGAUAUUCAGGCCGCCUUGAGAGAAGCCAAAGAAGAGAUUGGUUUGAGACCUGAACAGGUAGAGAUCAUUGGACGACUUGUUCCAUACAUAUCGAAGUAUCCAACUUAUCUGAUCACACCAGUUGUUGCACUUGUUGAAGAUACAUUCGAGGCUUGUCCGAACCCUGACGAAGUAACGCACGUCUUCGAAGUUCCUUUGGAAUUCUUCAUUAGUUCUGACCACUACACCCCGCUACAAUUAGAUGUGCCUUAUUUUGGAACCCAGACAAUUCACUGUUUCUAUUACCAGGACACACAAAAGCAGAAAACCUUUAAAAUUUGGGGGCUCACAGCCCACUUUGCGGUAAUGCUCUCUGUCAUCCUGCUAGAAAAGGUACCGUCAUUCGAUUCCAGUUUCAGUCUUGACCGACGACUGGCAGAAUGUGACCAUGCUCUAGCUCAAGCAACCUAUCAAAGUAAAUUAUAGUUGUAUUAACAUUUACACA